AAAUCUACAAAAACACACUUGAGAAAAAAAAACCCAAGAAACCAAGAAAACAAGAAAAGACCUAUUUUCUCCAGCGAUCGUCGAAUUUUGUCGGUCCUCUCUCUCUCUCUCUCGCUCGCUGUCACACACGAUGAGUUGAGAGAGAACAUCUUCUCGUCUGUACAUACUCUCUCUCCCGCUCUAUCUCCUCCGACCCCCGGAAUAGGGUCAGAUUUAGGGUAUUUGAGAGUUCUUGCAGUUUUUGGGGACAACGAUGGCUUCCACGUCGCAGUCGCACCGAUUCGGUGGGCCUGCAACCACCGCGACCGGUGGCGGAAGCUUCGAUACUUUGAACCGUGUCAUUUCCGACCUCUGCACACGCGGCAAUCCUAAGGAAGGAGCUGCUUUAGCGUUUAGGAAACACGUAGAGGAAGCAGCCCGCGAUCUUAAUGGAGAAGCCUUCUCUAGGUUCAUGGAGCAAUUAUACGACAGAGUCUCUAGUUUGAUUGAGAGCACGGAUGUGGGUGAAAACAUGGGGGCACUCAGAGCCAUUGACGAGUUAACAGAGGUUGGAUUCGGUGAGAAUGCUACAAAGGUUUCUAAGUUUGCAAGUUACAUGAGGGCUGUGUUCGAAUUGAAACGAGACCCAGAAAUCUUGCUGCUUGCUAGUAGAGUUUUGGGACAUCUUGCACGGGCAGGUGGAGCAAUGACUUCAGAUGAAGUGGAGUUUCAGAUAAAAACAGCUCUUGAUUGGCUUCGUGGAGAGAGAGUGGAAUAUCGUCGUUUUGCUGCUGUUUUGAUUCUAAAGGAAAUGGCAGAAAAUGCUUCCACUGUCUUUAAUGUCCAUGUCCCUGAAUUUGUGGACGCAAUCUGGGUUGCGCUCAGAGAUCCACAGUUGCAAGUGCGAGAACGAGCUGUUGAGGCUUUGCGUGCUUGCCUACGUGUUAUUGAGAAAAGGGAGACUCGUUGGCGAGUCCAAUGGUAUUAUCGCAUGUUUGAAGCUACACAAGAUGGGUUGGGCAGAAAUGCUCCUGUGCAUAGUAUCCAUGGUUCCCUGCUUGCUGUGGGGGAGCUGCUGAGGAAUACAGGGGAAUUUAUGAUGUCAAGGUAUAGGGAAGUUGCGGAGAUUGUCCUUAGGUACCUCGAACAUCGUGACCGCCUUGUUCGCCUUAGCAUUACCUCGUUGCUGCCUCGGAUUGCUCAUUUCCUUCGUGAUCGCUUUGUAACAAACUAUUUAACGAUAUGCAUGAAUCACAUUCUCACAGUGUUAAGAAUACCAGCUGAACGUUCCAGUGGGUUUAUUGCCCUUGGGGAGAUGGCUGGUGCUUUGGAUGGGGAGCUUAUCCACUAUUUGCCGACAAUUAUGUCUCAUUUGCGUGAUGCGAUUGCUCCACGUAGAGGUAGACCUUUGCUUGAAGCUUUGGCUUGUGUUGGUAACAUUGCAAAGGCAAUGGGGUCCACGAUGGAACCUCAUGUUCGCGAUCUUCUAGAUGCUAUGUUUUCCUCUAGUCUUUCUCCUACGCUAGUUGAGGCACUUGAGCAAAUAACCAUCAGCAUUCCUUCUCUGCUGCCCACUGUCCAAGAUCGGCUUCUAGAUUGCAUUUCGUUAGUUCUUUCUAAAUCUCAUUACUCUCAGACAAAGCCUCCGGUAACCUUGAUCCGUGGAACUGCGGUUAAUGUCGCACCCCAGUUCUCUGAGCUUAGUGGUUCUGCUCAAGUUCAACUUGCCCUGCAGACUCUUGCUCGGUUCAAUUUCAAGGGUCACGAUCUUCUUGAGUUUGCGCGGGAGUCAGUUGUUAAUUAUUUGGAUGAUGAGGAUGGAACCACAAGAAAAGAUGCUGCCCUCUGUUGUUGCAGGAUAAUUGUAAAUUCUUUAUCUGGCAUCUUGCAGUUUGGUUCUAGCAGAUCGACACGAGCUGGAGGAAGACGAAGGCGUCUUGUUGAGGAGCUCAUGGAAAAGCUUCUCAGGACAGCUGUUGCAGAUGCUGAUGUUACUGUUCGCAAGUCGAUCUUCACUGCUUUACAUGGAAACCUAUGUUUCGAUGAUUAUCUAGCACAAGCUGAUAGCCUGACUGCCAUUUUUGCUUCUCUGAAUGAUGAGGAUCUUGAUGUUCGAGAGUAUGCCAUCUCCCUUGCUGGGAGGUUAUCUGAAAAGAAUCCGGCCUAUGUUCUUCCAGCACUUCGUCGUCAUCUCAUACAAUUGCUAACAUAUCUGGAGCAGAGCAGUGCAGAUAAUAAGGGUAGAGAAGAGAGUGCAAAGCUCCUUGGCUGUUUAGUUAGAAAUUGUGAAAGGCUUGUUGUCCCAUACAUAGCACCUGUGCAAAAGGCACUUGUCGCAAGACUUCAUGAGGGCACUGGGGUGAAUGCUAACAAUAGCAUUGUUAGUGGAGUCCUUGUAACCGUUGGAGAUCUUGCUAGAGUGGGUGGCUUAGCAAUGAGACAAUACAUACCUGAACUUAUGCCGUUGAUUGUUGAUGCUUUAAUGGAUGGAGCAGCUGCAGCAAAACGUGAGGUGGCUGUUUCUACGCUUGGUCAAGUUGUUCAAAGUACUGGGUAUGUUGUGACUCCUUACAAGGAAUACCCUCUGUUACUUGGCUUGCUCUUGAAAUUGCUGAAUGGUGAGUUGGUGUGGUCUACCAGACGAGAAGUGCUCAAGGUUCUUGGAAUUAUGGGUGCUUUGGAUCCACAUGUUCACAAACGUAACCAAAUAAGUUUAUCAGAAUCACAUGGAGAAGUUACACGUGGCACUGGUGAUUCAGGUCAACAUAUUCAAUCGAUGGAUGAGUUAGCUGUGGACCUCUGGCCAUCGUUUGUUACAUCGGAGGAUUAUUACUCAACGGUUGCAAUCAACUCGCUUAUGCGUAUUCUUAGAGAUGCGUCACUUGUUAGUUACCACAAACGGGUUGUUAGAUCUCUGAUGGUCAUUUUUAAGUCCAUGGGACUGGGGUGUGUGCCCUACUUGCCGAAGGUUUUACCUGAGCUUUUCCACACUGUUCGCACUUCUGAUGAGAAUUUGAAGGAUUUUAUCACGUGGAGUCUUGGAACUCUUGUCUCCAUCGUACGCCAGCAUAUACGCAAGUAUCUGCCUGAGCUGCUCUUACUAGUAUCUGAACUAUGGUCAUCCUUCAAUUUGCCAGGUCCUGGUCGGCCUUCUCAUGGUCUUCCGGUUCUGCAUCUACUAGAGCAGCUUUGUUUAGCACUCAAUGAUGAAUUCAGAACUUACCUUCCUGACAUCCUUCCAUGUUUCAUCCAAGUAUUGGGUGACGCUGAGCGGUUUAAUGACUACACCUAUGUUCCUGAUAUUCUCCACACACUUGAGGUGUUUGGCGGUACUCUUGAUGAGCACAUGCGAUUACUCCUUCCUGCACUAAUACGGUUGUUUAAAGUGGAUGCUCCCAUUGCUAUCAGGCGUGAUGCUAUUAAAACUUUAACACGACUAAUCCCUUGUGUUCAGGUUACUGGUCAUAUUUCGUCCCUUGUGCAUCACUUGAAGCUAGUUUUAGAUGGGAAGAAUGAUGAGCUGCGGAAGGAUGCUGUUGAUGCACUAUGCUGCUUGGCUCAUGCUCUUGGAGAAGACUUCACCAUAUUCAUUGAAUCAAUUCAUAAGCUUUUAUUGAAGCAUCACUUGCGGCAUAAAGAAUUUGAGGAAAUUCAAGCUCGAUCACGUAGGCGUGAACCUUUGAUCUUGGCUAGUACAGCAACUCAGCGGUUAAGUCGGCGGCUGCCGGUUGAGGUUAUAAGUGAUCCUGUAAUUGAGAUGGAGAUUGAUCCUUUUGAAGAAGGAAAUGACAGAGGCCAUCAGGUUAAUGAUUGUAGACUGCGAACUGCUGGAGAAGCUUCUCAGCGCAGCACCAAGGAAGAUUGGGCUGAGUGGAUGAGACAUUUUAGUAUUGAAUUACUCAAGGAAUCUCCUUCUCCAGCAUUAAGAACUUGUGCAAGACUUGCACAAUUACAGCCAUUUGUUGGGAGGGAGUUGUUUGCCGCCGGCUUUGUCAGCUGUUGGUCACAACUAAAUGAGGCUAGUCAAAAGCAGUUAGUGAGGAGUUUAGAGAUGGCCUUCUCUUCUCCAAAUAUACCCCCUGAAAUUUUGGCUACACUUCUCAAUUUGGCAGAGUUCAUGGAACAUGAUGAGAAGCCUCUUCCAAUUGAUAUUCGUCUCCUCGGGGCUCUUGCUGAAAAGUGCCGUGCUUUUGCAAAAGCUUUGCAUUAUAAGGAGAUGGAAUUUGAAGGUGCACGCACCAGGCAAAUGGAUGCUAAUCCAGUCGCUGUUGUUGAGGCUCUUAUACACAUAAAUAAUCAGUUACACCAACAUGAGGCUGCUGUUGGCAUACUGACUUAUGCACAACAACAUCUUGAUGUGCAAUUAAAAGAAUCAUGGUAUGAGAAGCUGCAGCGCUGGGAUGAUGCUCUCAAGGCAUACACUUUGAAAGCAUCUCAAGCAUCAAAUUUCCACGUUGGACUAGAAGCCACCUUAGGACGAAUGAGAUGCCUUGCUGCACUGGCACGGUGGGAGGAGCUGAACAGCCUCUGCAAGGAAUAUUGGUCUCCAGCUGAGCCUGCUGCUCGUCUAGAAAUGGCACCAAUGGCUGCUAGUGCUGCGUGGAAUAUGGGUGAAUGGGAUCAUAUGGCAGAAUAUGUGUCUCGAUUAGAUGAUGGCGACGAAUCAAAGUUUCGGGCUUUGGGGAGCUCUACAUCAAAUGGUGAUGGAGGCAGCAGUGGUACAUUUUUCAGGGCUGUCCUUUUAGUUCGAAGAGGGAAGUAUGAUGAGGCGCGGGAAUAUGUUGAAAGAGCUAGGAAAUGCCUUGCGACAGAACUUGCAGCAUUGGUUUUGGAGAGUUAUGAGCGUGCUUACACCAAUAUGGUUCGUGUUCAGCAGCUGUCAGAGCUAGAAGAGGUAAUUGAAUAUUGUACAUUGCCCAUGGGAAAUCCUAUUGCUGAAGAAAGGCGAGCCCUAGUUCGUAAUAUGUGGACGCAACGGAUACAGGGAACUAAGCGGAAUGUAGAGGUUUGGCAAGCACUUUUGGCUAUUAGGGCGCUUGUGCUGCCUCCUACAGAAGAUGUUGAAACGUGGCUCAAGUUUUGUUCGCUUUGUCGAAAAAGUGGGAGGAUCAGUCAAGCUAAAUCUACUCUGCUGAAGCUGUUGCAGUUCGACCCUGAAGCAUCUCCCGAAAACUUGCAUUACCAUGGACCUCCCGAAGUGAUGCUUGCAUACUUGAAAUAUCAGUGGUCUCUUGGAGAGGAACAAAAGCGCCGAGAAGCUUUUUCUAAGCUUCAGAGUCUGGCGAGCGAGCUCUCAAGUGCACAACAUACUCAACCUGAAACACUGGCUAGUACGGUUACCAGCAAGGGUGCAAAUAUGCCACUCCUUGCACGCGUGCAUCUCAAACGUGGAACAUGGCAAUGGGCACUUUCUCCGGGAUUGAAUGAUGGUUCUAUCCAAGAAAUCCUCGAUGCAUUUAGUAAGGCCACCCAGUAUGCUCCUCAAUGGGCCAAGGCAUGGCACACAUGGGCAUUAUUUAAUACAGCAGUGAUGUCUCAUUACACUUUAAGAAGUCAAUACGCUUCGCAGUUCGCUGUUGCUGCAGUCACUGGAUAUUUCCAUUCAAUAGCAUUUGCAGCUAAUGCCAAAGGAGUUGAUGACAGUUUACAGGACAUACUGCGACUCCUCACUUUGUGGUUUAACCAUGGAGCUACAAGUGACAUGCAAAAAGCAUUGCAGAGAGGAUUCAAUCACGUUAAUAUCAAUACAUGGCUUGUUGUGUUACCUCAAAUAAUUGCUAGGAUACAUUCAAAUAAUCGUGCAGUUAGAGAGCUGAUUCAGUCACUUCUGGUCCGCAUAGGAGAAACCCAUCCACAGGCACUUAUGUAUCCCCUUCUUGUUGCAUGUAAAUCAAUUAGCAAUUUGCGGAGGGCAGCAGCUCAAGAGGUGGUGGACAAAGUUCGCCAGCACAGUGGUUUACUCGUGGAUCAGGCACAACUUGUUUCUAAUGAACUAAUCAGGGUUGCCAUACUUUGGCACGAAAUGUGGCAUGAAGCACUGGAAGAAGCUAGUCGUCUGUACUUUGGUGAACAUAACAUUGAAGGAAUGCUGAAAGUGCUAGAACCAUUACAUGAGAUGCUUGAAGAAGGUGCUAGAAGGGACAAUACAACCAUAAAAGAAAGAGCAUUCAUAGAGGCUUUCCGUCACGAAUUGUUGGAGGCAUAUGAAUGCUGCAUCAAGUACAAAAGGACUGGAAAAGAUGCUGAACUUACUCAGGCGUGGGACCUUUACUAUCAUGUUUUCAGAAGGAUUGAUAAGCAGCUUGCCAGUCUUACAACUUUGGAUUUAGAGUCUGUUUCUCCUGAGUUGCUUCGAUGCCGUGACUUGGAACUAGCUGUUCCUGGAACGUAUCGUGCAGAUGCACCUGUUGUGACGAUAGCAUCAUUUGCACGCCAACUUGUUGUCAUAACUUCUAAACAGCGACCCCGAAAAUUGACUAUUCAUGGAAAUGAUGGUGAAGACUAUGCCUUUUUGUUGAAGGGACACGAGGACCUGCGGCAAGAUGAACGUGUUAUGCAGCUUUUUGGUUUGGUGAAUACCCUGCUCGAGAAUUCCAGAAAAACUAUGGAAAAAGAUCUAUCUAUUCAACGUUAUUCUGUUAUACCAUUAUCUCCUAACAGUGGACUAAUCGGAUGGGUUCCAAAUUGUGAUACCCUACACCACCUUAUUCGAGAGUACAGAGAUGCUAGAAAGAUCACCCUUAAUCAAGAACACAAAUAUAUGUUGAGUUUUGCCCCGGACUAUGAUAACCUACCACUUGUAGCAAAGGUUGAAGUAUUUGAGUAUGCUCUAGAAAAUACCGAGGGAAAUGAUCUAGCCAGGGUUCUGUGGUUAAAAAGUCGUUCUUCAGAGGUAUGGCUAGAGAGGAGGACAAACUAUACCAGAAGCUUAGCAGUGAUGAGUAUGGUUGGCUAUAUUCUUGGAUUAGGUGAUCGACACCCAAGUAAUCUUAUGCUGCACAGAUACAGCGGAAAAAUCUUGCAUAUUGAUUUUGGAGAUUGUUUUGAGGCUUCUAUGAAUAGGGAAAAAUUUCCUGAGAAGGUCCCAUUCCGACUGACUAGAAUGCUUGUGAAAGCUAUGGAGGUCAGUGGCCUUGAAGGGAACUUCCGUUCUACUUGCGAAAAUGUUAUGCAAGUUCUCAGAACAAAUAAGGAUAGUGUUAUGGCAAUGAUGGAGGCCUUUGUGCAUGAUCCUUUAAUCAAUUGGCGUCUGUUCAAUUUCAACGAAGUUCCGCAACUAGCAAUGCUAGGCAACAAUGCUACUGCUGCUGUUGCUGUUGUCAAUGGCGAAGAAUCUUCUCAGAAUAGGGAUCUUCCUCAACCUCAACGAAGCGCUCGGGAGAAGGAAAUUCUUCAGGCUGUGAAUAUGCUCGGAGAUGCUAAUGAAGUGCUCAAUGAGCGGGCUGUGGUUGUGAUGGCUCGGAUGAGUAAUAAACUUACGGGGCGUGAUUUUUCUACAUCGGUGACGGCAAACAAUCCGAUGCAGCAUGGAACGGACCACAACAACUUGCUUGUUGGGGAGCCACAUGAAGUCGAACACGGUUUAUCCGUGAAACUCCAAGUUCAGAAACUGAUAAACCAAGCUACUUCUCAUGAAAAUCUCUGCCAGAACUAUGUCGGGUGGUGCCCAUUUUGGUGAGUUGGCCGUAUGUACAUAUAAAUGCACAUAUAUGCAAUUGACAUUAUUUUAUAUUUUAUUUUAAAACAGUUGUAUUUGUAUAUAACCUGAAUAUUAUUAUUGUCUUUUUUAUUAUUGAAAUGCAAUGUAAUUUAGAUAUGUACUGUGUUGCUAUUUUUGGAUCUUGUCAUUUAUAAGUGUGUUUGUGAUAUGAUUA